GCGUAAAAGCAGACCUACUGUUGGGUAGCUGCUGCCACUGGACUCUGAACCCCGCGUGUGUGUGUGUGUGUGUGUGUGUGUGUGUACUGCAGUAAUAAAAGGCGCAAUAGUCCGUCGGCUGCAAGUCAGUUGCCUGUUGGCUGUCGCCCUACACGUGUCUUCUCGUUUUGUCGCCCUCCCCCCUCCAUUUUCAACAUCGAUUCGUUUUUGUUUUUCUUUUCUCGGUGAUUUAGGAGGGGAAAAAAAAGCGAGGGAAAUUGUCAGGCGAUUGGCAAAUGACUUGAUGAGUGGCGCUUCAUAUCAAGUGUAGUGUGAGACAUGCAUUUGCAACGAUGACACAGGUGCAGUGCUGCGAUUCCAACUAUUAAAAACACGUGGCGAAGCUUUCGAUCGUACGCACUUGGUGUGGUUUUUCAAGGAGUGAGAUGUUGCAACAAUCGUCGCCUCACGGUUUACAACAGCAGCAUCCAACAGACGAUUUGUAUUCGACCGAAUUGGUUCAUCACCACAGUGGCCACCAUCAACAGCAGCCGGUUCAGCUGCAGCAGCAUCCACAUCAUUCCAGCGGCCCUUCUUUGCCCAUGGACUUGCACCUACCUCAGGGAUAUCCCUUCUACACGUCGUCCCACACCGUCAAUAGCAGCGCCACCAGCAGGAAAAGCGGACUUGAGGAUUUCGUCAGCGGUCACCAUCAUCCGAACAGCGGACUCCAUUCGGGUAUACUGGAGAUGAGGAAAGAGAAAUCAAGGGACGCGGCCCGAUCCCGUCGCGGCAAAGAAAACUAUGAAUUCUACGAGUUGGCCAAGAUGCUACCACUUCCGCCGGCCAUCACUUCCCAGCUGGACAAGGCCUCCAUCAUCAGAUUGACCAUUUCGUUCCUUCGGCUAAAGGACUUCUCCAGUAAUGGCGACCCGCCAUGGAUCAAGGAAUCCCUUUCAUCCAUCACAUCAGCCAAUUCGAAUUCUUCGUCAUCGACAACGUCGUCUUCGACGGGAUCUUCUUCGACGUCAAACAAGGCCAACAAAGGUAACAGCCGUUCGAGAUCGCAUCAGAACCAUCAACACAAUCAACACCACCAUCAACAUGCACACCAUCAAUUGCAGCUGCAACAACAUCAACAACACAAUUCGAUCCCGGCGAGCGUUCACGUCGAGUUGUUCGAUCAACACCAAGGCACGCACAUCUUGCAAAGCCUCGAUGGUUUCGCUUUCUCGCUCGGCUCCGACGGCCGAUUUCUUUACAUCUCCGAAACUGUUUCCAUCUACUUGGGCCUGUCGCAAGUCGAGAUGACUGGCAGCAGCGUCUUCGAUUACGUUCACACUGCCGAUCAUGCGGAAUUAGCGCAGCAAUUGGGCCUGACGUUGGCCACCAAUCAGGCCCAUCAUCCAGCCAGUUCUUCCGGUACGAGCUCAUCCCAACAACUGCCACCGUCGCCCGCUUCCGGCACGGGAAGUGUCGACGAUGGAAGCUGUUGCAUGAAUCCUGAUGUAACAUCGUUAAUGAGUUUGGAAAGUAACUCGGCCUACCAGGGCCUCGAUCGUUCGUUUUGCAUUCGAAUGAAGUCGACGUUGACCAAACGUGGCUGUCAUUUCAAAUCGUCCGGCUACAGGGUGGUGAUGGUUCUGUGUCGACUUCGACCGCAAAGCCAAGCGUCUAUUGCCAGCAAAUCCGGUGUCGGGCAGCCGAACAGUGGGCCGUCAGGUCAGAACCAACCGGUUCCUCUACUUGGAAUGAUUGCCAUGGCUAUCGCCCUACCGCCGCCUACCGUUCACGAAGUUCGGCUUGAGCCGGACAUGUUUGUUACACGCCUGGCAUUCGAUUUGAGAAUCAUUCACUGCGAGCCUAGGAUUGCUGAGCUUCUAGAAUUCGUAGCCGAAGAUCUAACUGGUCGCAGCCUCUACACUUUGUGUCACGUAGAAGAUGUCCGCCUAUUGCGCAAGGCCCACACAGAUUUGAUGCACAAAGGGCAAGUUAUGACGCCCUAUUACCGAAUCCUUAAUCGACAUGGAGGAUUCACUUGGAUUCAAUCGUGUGCCACUGUAGUUUGCAACUCGAAGAACGGCGACGAGCAGAGCAUUGUCUGUGUAAACUACGUCCUCAGCCGCACGGAAAUGAAAAACGUGGUGGUGGAUCAAUGCCAACUGGAUUCAGCACCUAGUCUUCCGAUGAAACCCAACGUUUUCAAGACGGACCAUGGAGCGGUGGACGUCCUGCAAAGCUCAACGGAAGAGUCCAAUUCGGAAUGCUCUGAAUCGUUAACGAAGAACGGAGUGACGUUAACCGAUCCGCACCGAUCGUCCGUGCAGAGCUCCGAACAAAGUCGGCCGUCUUCCGAAGUGGAAGUCGAGGUCGUCAACGCUGCGCCGGAAGAAUCCGUUUCGUCGGGAAUGCGGAAUCGCGCGUUGCCCGGCCGACCGCAUCACCAUCGAUCGGCCAAACGCAAAUACGACGAGUUGGGCACGGUUUCAGCAACCAGCGACAGUGCGAUGAUCGGCCUCGACGCCAACAAUCAACAUCAUUCAACAGACAAUUCGAGUAGUAACGAGAGCGUAUCCAUCCAAGAUCAUCACCACUCGAACGCGAUGACGGAUCAUCAAAGCGAAGUUGAUGUGGCCCGCUGGAAGAGGCUGUACGCCGGAGCCAUGGAAAAUGAUUCCCUUCAGGAUCGGGAUCUGGAUGGAAGUGGGAUGAAUGGAAGUACUACAGAUUUUAGUACGGAUGCUCUACUGUCUAAUGGGAAGCCACGCUCGACUAUUCAGUGGAUCGGCACACCGCCCGUACCAUCCGGUUCGUCUUCAGCGGCCGCAACGGCUGCUGCCCUGUCGGUACCGUCGUUGUUACGUCAACUGUACGCGAGCAGGGAAAGCGUCAUACGCGCUAACGUGCACGCAGCUGCGGCCGCAGCAGCCGGACGCGCGCAGUCCAGCUACUUCGCGAAUGGUGAUACCUUGUCCACAACGCCGACUGGUGUGCCCGUUGGCAACGAUUACCCCGGUGAUGUGUUUCCACCUACCUCCUCUCAUUCUUACCAUUCCGCAUCGGCAGCAGCCGGAGGCUUUCUACCAGAGUAUUUACCAGCCAUGACUCCUCCAUCGUCCGUUUCACCUCGCGAUGCGGCUGCAGGUGCGCUGUUUGCCGCCGAGGCUUCGUUACGUCAUUCGGCCUACAGCGGUCUCACCUCGGCCGAGUCUUCUUACACAGCCAAUCCGAGCCAGCCACUGGCGUUGAAACCUCAUCAUCACGUUCACUACGGUCACGGUUCUCUCGAGCAUCAUCAUCACGCCCACCACCACCACAAUUCGGCCGGAGCCCAUCAUCAAUAUGCUACCGUCCAGCCUCUCGUUUCAACCGAUGCUGGCCAAUUCUAUUCUCACGCACCUUCAGGUUUCCACCUGUACCAUCCGCAGGUGGCCAAAUCCUCGUCAUCAUCGUCAGUCAACAAUUCUGCCACGUGGUACCCCAAUUGACCUGCGAAAUUUUACCGACUUUUGGCGUUGUCCGACCGAAUUUUGUUUGACUGAGAAGUCUGAAUAGAUGUAGAUUUUAUUGGAUAGGUGUUCGUCGACGGUCUGCGUUUAACUGUUUUGUUUUGUUUUUUUUGUUUGUUUGUCUGUUUCUAUCCAUAUGAAUUCCAUUGACGAGUCGAAUCAUGCUUUCUUGCCUACACAGCCACGAAGACAGUUCCCCGUUGCGUAUUUAAGAAGUUAAAACAAAAACUAAACAAAAUGACAAACAGUAAUAACCAAACGUCCCCCUUGAAGUAAUAACAUUCCGACAGCAUUCACAUGAUUUGGAAAUGUUCAGUGACUAGUCUUUGUUCCGUUAAAUUUCAACGUAGCCAGUUUUAUAUCAUGGACAAAACAUACAAUGUCGUGCUAAAAAAAAAAGUCCUUCUCUAUAAAAUUGUACAGUACGUUUUAUUGCAAACAGUUCCAGACUGUUAGAUUUUUUCCCCUUUGUCAGUGACACCGAACUGAUAAAAAAAUUGUUUGUUUGUUGUUGUUUUUUUUUUUUUAAUCCACGCUGUCUUGUUAUUGAUGUGCUUUUCAUUUUGAAUAAUUCUACUGAAGAGGAACUGAGAUGAUACCAUUCGUGCAAAAUGAAUCAGCGUGCAAAUGUGCUAUAGAAAUACUUCGUAGACUUGCAAACAGGCAUUAAGUAGAAUCUAUGAAGGUUAUUUAUUUCAUAGAAAUGGAUUUACGAAAGAAAGUGUUUGUUUUUUGUGUCUCCCCCGUCCUUACCCCCAUCCCGUUUGAAUUUCUAUUGAUCUUUUUGUAUACAUUCUUUUUUUUUUCAAUUCUGAUCGAAGUGUAUCUCUGGCUUCACCUGCCAUCGCCUCUUUUUAUUCGCAAUACACACACCCCUUAUGGUUUCAA